AUGGCCCUCCGAAUCACAGUGGCUCCAAGCAAGGUUGUUCUGCAGAACCUUCUGGUAUGUGUCAUCCUGUUCUACACAGUAUACUAUGCAUCUCUAUGCAUGUUCUGCCUGAUACUCAAGGUAUAUGACUUGGACAUCCUGGCCCCAUUUGAUUUCAAAACGAGUCCUUCAUGGCUGAACACAAAUUAUAAAGUUCUUUUGGUCUCGACAGAGCUUACCUACCUUGUUUGUGGAUUGCUUUUUGUUCUGGUUGUUGAAGAAUGGCUUUGGGAUUAUGCCAUUUCGGUGACUUUUAUCCAUGUUGUUAUCACAUCGACUGUUAUGUUGGAAUUCCCAUUGACAUCACAUUGGUGGGCUGCUUUAGAUUCAGCGAGCAGUGAAGACCUCCGGCUGCAGCUGACGCUGGUUCCUGGAAAGCUCAUCUCUGCGCAGAUAGCAGAUACGUGCGGGCUUGCGGGUCUCCAGCUGGAGCGAUCGCGAGGGUGCAGGGCAUCCGCAGCUGAGACUGAUCUGCGGGCUCAGAACCCGGGUUGGGUCCACCUCUUGCCCACGCCUCAGUCCCGCGCUUAA